CAGUAACACACACCACACUCGCACAAAAGAAAUGGAGAGGUAUACCUCAGACAAGAACUCUGAACGACCUGAGUUUGUAUCUUCAGGUUGAUCUGUCAAAAUUCACACAUUCAUAGCCUCACUGCUUUAAAACUAGUGGGAUACCCUUUUCUUUUCUCUCAUCAUCAUUUAUAGAGACUGUAAGGCAAGAAGAAGUAAUGGUAAGAUUCAUCAACUGUGAGUCAAAGGAAAGGAAGGAUAUCUUCAAGCAAGAUGAUCCAAGUGACAUUGAUAAAUAUGAGGGGUUAGAUAGCAUGAUUAUUGAAGUAAAAGAAAGUGGGAUAGCUAGAAGAUCCAAGAAGCGGAAAGUGGAAGGGUUAAGGCUGCAAACAACUGUUUCCUUCAAGAAAGUGUUGGUGGAUGAAAAUAGUUCUGAUUUGGAGGAAAAUGCCAAUGAUUCAAGCAAUAAAGUAUAUCCUGCGGUCGCUUUGCCUAAACCCGAAAUUCGGAUUUCUCCAAGGACUACUAGUGAACAUAAUGCAGCUGCAAUUAAGGUGCAGAAAGUUUAUAAGAGUUACCGGACUAGAAGAAACCUAGCAGAUUGUGCUGUAGUUGUUGAGGAGCUCUGGUGGAAGGCAAUAGACUUUGCAAGUCUUAGGCAUAGCUCAAUAUCAUUCUUUGAGUCUGAUAGAUCAGAAACUACUAUUUCAAGAUGGGCACGAGCUAGGACUAGGGCUGCUAAGGUUGGUAAAGGUUUGUCCAAGAAUGAAAAAGCUCAGAAAUUAGCUUUAAGACACUGGCUUGAAGCGAUUGAUCCACGCCAUCGAUAUGGACACAAUUUGCACUUGUAUUAUGAUGUUUGGUUUGACACUGGGAGCUCCCAACCUUUCUUCUAUUGGUUGGAUGUUGGAGAUGGCAAAGAAGUAAAUCUUGAGAAGUGCCCAAGGACCAAUUUGCAGCGUCAAUGCAUCAGAUACCUUGGACCAAAAGAGAGAGAAGCAUAUGAAGUGAUUGUAGAAAGUGAGAAGCUUGUGUACAAAGAAAGUGGAAUGUUAGUGGACACAGAUGAUGGUACUAAGUGGAUAUUUGUCCUCAGCACAACAAGGAACUUGUACAUUGGGAAGAAGAAGAAAGGCCAAUUUCAGCACUCUAGUUUUCUAGCAGGGGGUGCCACCACCGCAGCUGGAAGAUUGGUGGCCCAUAAUGGGGUUCUUGAGGCUAUAUGGCCUUAUAGUGGUCAUUAUCACCCAACGGAAGAGAACUUCUUGGAGUUUAUUAGUUUCCUAGAAGAGCACCAUGUGAACUUGACCAAUGUUAAGAAAUGUGCCAUAGAUGAUGAUGAUCCAACAUUGAAAGUGACCGACAAGGAACUAAAGUUGGAGUCAACGAGGGGUUCCUCUACAAAUAUCAAAUCAUCUUACACAGAAUCAGUAGAUGUUGAUGUGCCUAACAAGGAGGCUGCCAAUGUCACAAUUUGUCAUGAUGAAAUAGGAACCAAUGUGAAAGCUCCGGCAUUCAAAUUGGCUAAGUGUUUGUCACGUAAAUGGAGUAGUGGAGCUGGUCCUCGUAUUGGGUGUGUUCGAGAAUACUCAGCACAGCUUCAAUUUCAGGCACUUGAACAUGUAAAUCUAUCACCUAGGACCAUGCCUGGAUACUUUCCUAGCAAUGCUCCAAUUCCAUCGCCAAGACCAAGUCCCAAAAUCCAUCUCUCACCUAGCCUUUCAUGUAUGGGACUUCCUAACCCAAUGGUUCAUGCCUCAACUAGUGACUAGAUUAUAAACCGACAAGUGAAAUUUUUUUUUUAGGUCUGUUAGUACUGAAAGGUUCAGGGCUAGUGGCACUUUUAGGACCAUUGGUGUUUUUUGUGCCCUCAUAGUGUGAGCCUUUAGUAGUGUCAUAAAAACAAAAAA